GAGCAGUGUCGGGUGGGCGGUUCGUAGCAGUGACAGCGACGGUGGGAGACUCCCGAGAAAGUGUCAAAAAGCGGACAACAAACGGGCUUGGAACUGGCUCGAGGUUUUUGGUGCACUGCGAGGGAAUAGAACCCCCGACGUCCUGCACCAAAAGGGAGCCUACCACUUCACUUGCAAUCAACUGCUAUAAGCCAUGGCGGAGUUGGACCUGAGCCUGAGUGACGCUCUGACAGACGGGGUUCCCCAGGCCAGCCCGGAGAGCAGGGUGGAGAGGGACUUCGUGGCUCAGCUGGAGUCCGAGCCCUUUGACGACGAGGUGGGAGAGACUGUGGGCAAGACGGACUACAUCCCCCUGCUGGACAACGACGAUAACAGAGCAGCGGCGGGCUCAGCGCUGGAGAACGGAGAGAAGGAGGUGCAGGGAGUGCAGAAGCCUGGUUUGAAGCUGGCAGCGUCACACUCAGAGCCACAGGGAGAGGUGCGGCUGCCUUCUCUGGACCAGGCCUUCAACAUCGACCUGUUAGCAGACUUCUCCCAGCCAGCGGAUGUCAGCGCAGCGCCCCUGUCUGGUGAGAAGCCCCCCAGUGUAGCAGAGGCUCAGCUGUCCACCCCCCAGUCAGCCUCAGAUGUGCCCAAAGACCACAGCCCCAUGCUCCCAGAGCCCCAGCCUCCACGCAGCCCCAUGGACCUACCCCCAGGUGCAAUAGGCGACUCCUGGCCCAACAAAGGCUCGUGCUUGGCCUCAGACCUCCCGUUCACCCCCAGCGUCUCCACGGUGAUAAGUCGCCACGCCGGCCAUCUCGGAGCCAACCCCGAGGACCAGCCCGACGGGUGGCCAGGCCGGGAGAGCGGAGCUUAUGCUGGCGGUGAUGAACGAGAAACGGAGGGAUUGGACCGAAAGCAGAAGAAAAAGAAGAAAAGACGACAGAAAGAUGAAGGAGCGUUCGAGCAUGCGGAGAGCAGGGGCCCAGCCGAGGCACAGGUGCAGGGAGAAAGUACACCGGGAGACGACUUCUACAACAGGAUUGGUCCGAGGAGGGACAGGGGGGAGGCUGGUUGGGAGGAACAGCUCGGCAAAGGCAGAGGCAAGAAAAGCAAAAGCCGUAAGAAGAUUCCAGAAGAGUGGAGCGUCAUGGCAGAACCCUUCGUACCAUCUUCCGCCGCUACCCCCCAAAUUGUCCCAGAUGUCAUGAUGGAUCUUGGAAGUUCUGGUGCCGUGGACUCUCCCUUCUCUGACCAACACAACUGGAGACCGGAACCCCCAGCAGAAGAAGAUCUCAUCCCAACUCCUUUAUCACAAGAUGUUUUCGCACCAACAAUCAAUCCCAUCAGCCCCUUGGUGCUAAACAGCGAGCUGAAAGCCACCGCUGCCCCAUUCACCAUGCCCGGCUCCUUCCCAGCGGCCGACCAACCUGAUGAUUCAUUCGACCUCCUGAUGGAUCUGGAAAACGGCAACCAAACCUUCCCCAAUCCGUAUUCAGCGGAAGUUCUCGCAGCAGACAUGGUGGACAGCGGCAUCUUUGACAAAACUACACCCCUCCAAGAUUCCCAAGUGAUUCCAGAUGGAGACACUUCGGCGUUCAGUUCUGCGUCUCAGGCCAGCCCGCCAGCUAAGGAUGACGUAGAGGCAUCUGCUCCACCACUGUCUCCAUCAGACGCUUCGUGGUUCCUCAACGAAUCCCAAGUGAGCAGCAGCAAUGAUAUUUUUGAGUUCACUGAUAAUUCUGGGCACCAGCUGCCCCUCGGCCUCUCCUUCGAUACACCAAGUCCAGCUCCUCUGCGGUCCCCGAAAACUACGGCUCAAGAGUCCCAACCCAAAGACACCAAGAAGUCCAGAAAGUCACGGCAGUCAUCUUCUUCAAAGAGUCCAACCUCACCAGAUGUUAUACCUUUUCCAACCGAAGACUCCCAAGCAAUCAGCCCCUCUUCACCCCCUGCACCUGGGUCUGCGCUUAACCCAUCCGCCAAGCCCUUCUUCCCCAGUUUUGCAGAUCCAGUGGUGGACCCUGCGGAGGUCUCGCCAGUCUCUCCCACCGUUGAAGUUAAAGCCGAGAAAGAGGAAAAGAAGGAUGAGAUUAAGAAAGAUGAGAAAACAGAGGAAAAACUAGAGGACAUCUUGAAGAUGCCAGAAGCUCCAAGUCCAAUCGAGAAAGCUGAGCAAAAGGGUGUAACAGUAGAAUUCACAAGCAACGAACCUCCUGCCAAGAUGGAAGCAGAACUACCAAAAGCUGAACCAUUUGAGACCAAGAAAGAAGAAGCCAAGGAGGUAGAACAAGUCAAGGUUGAGGAGACACCUAAAGUUGAACCAAUGCAGGUUGAAGAAAAACCUGAGAAGAUGGUGAAGGUAGUGGAACCAUCUGAGAACAAAGCUGAUCAAGAAGAAUUUGAGCAUUCACCAAUCAAAAUGGAGGAGAAAGUGGAGAAGAUGGACUUCAACGAAAAGCCUCAAGAACCAAUUGAAGAAAAAAUUCAGAACAAAACGCCAGAAAAGCUGGCGCAACCCGAAAUGAAGGAAGAACUAAAGACUCCGGAACCACAAGUCAUGUCCGUCAAGGAACCUAGUGUAGAACCAGCUGAGAAGAAGAUAGAACCAGAACCCAUUGAAGAGAAGGUAGAACCAAAACCAAUUGAGAAGAAGCAAGAGCUAGAACCAACCGAAACAAAGGUAGAACAAAAAGAAUUUGAGAAGAAAGUAGAACCAGAACCUAUUGAGAAGGAAGCAGAACCAAAACCAACAGAGAAGAAGGCAGAGCCAGAACCAACCGAAACUAAGGUAGAACAAAAAACAGUUGAGAAGGUAGAACCAGAACCAGUUGAGAAGAAGGAGGAACCAGAGACCAAGGUGGAGCAAGCCAAGACAGAAGAGGUAAAGAAGGUUGAAAAGGAGCCUGAGAAGGAGCCUGAGAAGGUUCAAGAGGACACACAAAACAAAGCAGCGCCUGAGAAGAAGACCGUGGACAAGAAGGAUGACAAGAAGGCUAAAGCAGAUGCAGGCGAUAAGGCGAAAAAAGCGAAGCCUGUCACUAACGGAAGCAGCGCGGUGCCAAGCAAAGAGAAGGCCAAGCCCGCUUCUGCCGCUCCAGCCAAACCCGGUAUCACAACCAAAACUCGGCCCACCUCCGCCACAGCGCCCCCUACUGGUACAGCCGCAACCAAGAAGCCCACACCCUCCUCCACCACAGACAAAAAGACCCUCACAGCCAGGGCCCCCACAGCAGCUAAGACCACUGCCACCACAGCCAGGCCCACUGCCACCACAGCUAAAGUCCCUAGCACCACCAGGCCCCUCAGUACAACCACAGCCGGGCCCAAGAGACCCCCCAGCACCUCCAGCAGCCGCCCCACAUCCACCACGACUGCUGCCAGGGACGUCAAGCCCAAGACUGUCCCAGAGAAGCGCGCCCCUGUGCCAAAGGCCUCCUCUGAUUCAGCCUCUGCAGCCAAAAACGGAGCAGCUCCUGCCCCGAGGAGCACCACCACGACCCGCACUACCACCACUGCACGCCCUGCAGCCUCUACUGCUGCCAGGAAGCCUCUGGCCUCAAAGACAGAAAGCAAACCUGGGGAGGAGAAGAAGGCCGGCACACUGAGGACAUCCACAGCAGAUGCAGCCAAACCCAAGCCCACCACCACCCGCACUAUCCCCACCUCCAGUGCUCCGACGGCUCGCCCACGCCCCACAGCGGCCAAGCCCAGCACGCCCUCCUCGUCAGUGGGGGAGAAGAAGCCCGCUACCCCCCGGACGCCUCGCCCCACCUCCACCUCCUCCUCCACCACUGCUACCACGGCAACGGCCACCACGCGGAGCACCACCACACGGACCAGCACCACCAGGACCACCGCCACAAGGACCACCACGGCUCCGGACGUCCGCAGCGUGCGCUCCAAAAUCGGCUCCACGGACAACAUGAAGCACCAGCCUGGAGGAGGGAAGGUGCCGUCAGCUUCACAGAGCAGGGGUGUGGCCUCCAAAGAGCCCAGCCAGGCCAAAGUGCAGAUCACAAACAAGAAGGUGGACCUGAGCAAAGUGACCUCCAAGUGCGGCUCCAAAGACAACAUCAAGCACAAGCCUGGAGGAGGGGACGUGAAGAUCGAGUCUCACAAAGUCAACUACAAAGACAAGGUUCAGUCCAAAGUGGGUUCUCUGGACAAUGUGGGUCACAGUCCUGGAGGAGGCAACGUCAAGGCUGAGGGGGACCAGGAGCCAGAGGGCCAGGAGACAGGCCUGCCCACAGACGCGCCCGCCCCCCCCAGCCCCAGCGCCGAGGGGGGAGCGGCCCACCACAACGGCCUCUGUGAAGGGGAGGGGGCGCAGGCUCUGGACGCCCUCAUCCCAGAGACAAAUUGAGUUUUUCAAGCUCAACUUCCGCGGGAAAGCUCGCUCUCGCACGGACCACGGCGCUGACAUCAUCACCCGGCCCGCCCCCUCACCCGGACAACCGUCACCGCGGCAACCACAGCAGUAGCCCCACCUCCCUUCCACCCGGACGGCUCCUCCUCCUCGCCCCAGCGUCACCACCGCUCUCUCCCCCGACGGACGAACGCUCGGAUUUGGCAGAUUGCGUUAGCUUGUCUCCACCUCUCCCCUCAACUAAUUAUUAUCGCAAUUAAUCUUGUCAUUUAAAUGUUGGAUCAAUAUGGCAAAAUGCAACUUUCUCAAAUUCUUUUUUUCACUAUUUCAAACUCAAAUAUUGUUUCUAAUUCUGUAAGCUUAUUACAAAAAAAUGAAUUUAUUUGAAUCAAAAUUGAAAACGUUGUACUUCAAAAUCUGAUCUAUCUGAUAAGUAGUAGUACCAGUUUUCAUUAGACCACAGUAAAGUAUUCACAUGAGGAAUUUGGCAGGUUUUUAUACCAGAUGCCCUUCCAGAAAAUUAUUUAGCUACAUAAAAAUUGUAUCAACUCUAAAGAUACGCAAAGCAAACGUGUGCAGUUUUAGACAAUUUUAAAAAUGUAUCCAUGGGUUUCACAACAGAAUGAUGAGAAAUUAGGAUUGUUGCCAUAGCGAUUAACAAAUUUGAAUGGGUCCUGGAAAUGUUGCAUAUAACAGGAACCCACGAAAGCUUUUACUACCACUGUGUCCAAUAUAUUUUCCUGAAUCUGAACUGUACCAGCGAAAUCCACCUUCCCCCUUUGAAUCAGCUGACCCAGUAUGACUUCAUGUACGGACAACCCCAUUUGAAGUACUCCUCCAUACUGCAUAUUAACCAUACAGUAGUACAUACAGUUGAACUUCACCGGUACCCCCUCGGACUUACCAUCUGGUUGUGACAAAACGGUCGCCUAUCCUACAAUACUCAAACUCAUAAACCUGCGUCCUACACUGCCAGUCAAACGUUUAGACACACUUUGACUUUUUUUUUUUUUUUUACAUUUUUAUGACUAUUUACAUUGUGGAUUCUCAUUGAAGGCAUCAAAACUAUAAACAUAUACACAUAUAGUAAACAAAAGUGUGAAGAACCUAAACCAAUUCAGGAGACUCCAUCAUGAAACUCACUGAAAGAAAGUCAACACUGCAAAAAAGCUUGGCCAAAAUGUAACAUAUAAACAUUUAAAUCUAUCAGAAAAUGAUUUAAAAGUAGAGAAAUUAUCUGUCCACACAACAAGAUUAUCUUAUUUGACAAGUUCUCUUAAAAUAAACAACCUCUAGGCUAGAAUUAACCCGUCUCUGGUCAAGUAAGUAGAUAAUAAAUCUGAAAACAAGAUGAAUAACCUGAUAUAAGUUUUAAAAUCUUGGCCAGAUCAGAGAAAUUUGCAGUGUCAACAAAGCAAAGGGUAGCUACUAUGAGCAGUUUAUAAUCUAAAAUCUAAAUUGUUUUUGUUUACUAUAUAAUUCCAUAGAUCUCGCUUCAUAUUUUUGAUGUAGAAAGUUGUAAACAUGAAGAAAAAAACGUUGAAUUCAACCAGAGGGUGUGUCCAAACUUUUGACUGGUACUGUAAAUCUCGUGCACAUUUCAAACCGCUCGCCUGUUUUUCCUCGUACUAGUGCUGACGUGAAAUCGUGUAACGUCUGUGUUUUUGAUUUUAUUAGAAUUUCAUUUAAGACUGUUGUUAAAUUUCGUAUAGUUUUAGCGAUUUCAGGUUGGGUUUUUUUCACAGAAACACGCACAGGAUUCCGUACACCGUAAGCACACGAGUAGGAAGAGGAAUGCGAGAAUGGAAGUCUGUUCAGAGGAAACAGGAAGUAGAUUUUGGAAGAGAAAGUGACUCGAAGGACGUUUCCUAAGUGAAAGGAAGUAUGUCCUGUAUGCAGAGGUGGGUAGUUUAGUCAGAAAUGUACUCGAGCAAGAAUACUGUUACUUCAGAAUGGUUUUAAUCAAGUAGAAGUACAAAAUAGUGGUCCUAAGAAUCACUCAAAGUCAAAGUUUCUUUCUAAUUUUUUUAAGGAAACUACUAGUCAAAUAAGAGAAAGAUCUGGACUUAAUAUCUGAUUUAUAAUUUGAAGUUGAUGUAAUUUGAAAGAAAACUGUAAUUAAUGCAUAAAAUCUGGUAUUUUCAAAGGCUAGACCUAAAAAUGAAACAAACUAAAUCAUAUAUUUUACUUACAUAAAGCUUUUGUCACUUUUCAAUUAUUAUAAUUUUUUUAUUUUUUAUUUUGAGUUUGUGCAAAGAGAGAAUCAAUAAUCAUACACAUACACCAUAUACAUUGUAAACAACAGAAAAGCACAUUUCUUGAAAAGGAGUUGGUAGAAGAAAAACUUAUCAACCCACCACUGUUCAUUACAUAGUUUAAAAAAAUAAAAAAUUAUAUGCUUGCUUCUGUACAUUAAUGUCGAAACUUUACAAAUAUUUACAUAUAGCAAAAUAAUUUAAAUAUUAUACAUACUAAAUAUAGUUUUAACCCAAUUUCCUUUUUUUUUGUAUUGUGCUGUGUUAUGGUUGCACAAACUAAUAAUAAUAAUAAAGAAGGCACAGUUUAUCGUUUAUGAUCGUAUGAAAAUAAACAAAAUUUAGACUUACUCACACUGGGAAGAGGAACCACAACUUUUACACAAAUAAGAGUACUGUGGCACUCUCAAAUACCGUAUAUUAAGUACUUACUCGAGUAGAUGUAACUGAGUACUACCCACCUCUGCUGUAAGUGCCUGUUGUCAGUAGGGAGUAGCGCUCUGCUUACCUGUGGAAAGUGAGAAAGUGAACGGCGUUACAGAAGCUGAAAGUUUGAAACGACGAGAGAAAGAUUGUCGACAAAGCACCGAAGUUGGUUUCUAGCGUAGCCUCCAGCUGCCUUCUCCGCAUGGCCACGUCUUCUGCUGUUGCGCACCGCCCCACCGAGUCUUUAAAGGCGCUGUACCUGAUUUUGAUCAUCUAAAAAAACACGACAAACACAACUAGUUCAUUUGAAGCAGUUUGCAGUUCUCCAAAGUUAUGAGGUACAAGUUUAGAAGCGCUUUUCAGAAAUUUCAGUGGUAGUGCUGACAUCAACUAGCAUGCUAACCACACACAACCUGAUUCUCUGACAAUUAAGCACUCUGUAAUAAUUAUGCAACAGGUUUAUUUUGAUUUCAAGAGCUGCUUCUACGAAAUAUCUAUACUGGAGCAAAACGUAUGGAAAAGAAAUCAGGUACGGAGCCCUUAAACGGCCACACCUUAGGAUUUUUAUCUCUUCAUUCAAAAGCUGUCGUCAGUGAUCUAUGUUGGUGAUUUAGCUGUUCUAUGCAUGCCUAAACAUCAGGUAAAAGCAAAAAGAAUAGAAUUAAAAGUCAAAUACAAGUAGUUAAGGCCACUAUUUAAACCACUGAAAAUAUAUAGGUUUUGUAAAACGUUUAAUGCCAAAAAAAAAGUUAUUUGUUUGAGUAUUACAUAUAAAAACGUAUAUUGUAGCACCCCAGUACCUUAAAAUAAGAGUGUAGCAGCUGACCCCACUGCUAUGCACCAAAGGAUAACACUGAAUUCUUGCUGACUUUCUGCCUUAUUGAUUUUAAACCAUAUCUAAUUACGUAUUUGAAUUCUUUUGAAAAUUACAGUAAUUUUAAAAUCGACAGUUUAAAAUCAACAAAACGUUUAUUUGAAUUUUCGCAAAAACCAUGUACUCAUCACAUCAUAUAUUAAUAUUUUUUCAUAAAAUUGUUUUCGCAAUUUUUCACUAGCCUUGAUAUCAUAUUCUGCCUUCCUCGUUUUUAAUUUUGCUUCUAAAAAUUUAAAAGCACCUUAAUGAUCAAAGAGGUCUCGGAACAGAAGACCCUAAAAUAUUCAGAUUUUCAAACAAAAACAAACUUUAAUUCAAGUUUUUCUUCAAUUUUCGCAUGUGAAUAGAGCAAUAAUGUAUACACUUUAUUUACCUUCCCAUAACCAUCCCUUUAACACCGAAUAUUACACACGUGAAAUAAUGCAGCUUGACUUUUAUUUUAUUUUUUUGUCACUGUCUCGCUAGUUCUUAAAACAAUAUUUUCCUGAACAUUUAAAUUUUAAUAUUUGCUUAAAAAUAUCUAGCAAUGGGUCGAGCGGAGGGAGGGUUUUAGACAAUGAAUUUUACAGAUUUCAGUUUCAUGUAUCCUGAUGACGACGAUGGUGGAAUUCUUAUUGGAAUUUGAGCCCUUUUCGUUGGGAAGGGGCCGACGAAGUGCAAAGAAUGUUUUUUUUUUUUUUUUGAGAUAUAUUGUAAAAGACGCAACACUUUUGUAUAUUAUUUAUCGUUGUGGUCAUGUUAGCCCUAUGCUAGUUGUGCUCGGACAAUUCGCAGAGGUGGAAUUUUAAUUUUGUUUUUUUUGGGAGAGAAAACUGGGAUUUGUGUUUUGAGAUUUCAAGCAGCUGGCGUGGUCUUUUCGUGUAGUCGGAUAAUCUACUCUGAUUUUAACAACAAUAACGUUUUUGUUUUUUGUUUUUUUCAUUUGCGCUAGGCCAAUAUUUAUACAAGGUUAUCUCCAUGGUGAUUUAAAUGACUUUACUAGCCUGUAUACGUUUCCUGUAUAGAGCAAAGGGGUUUAAAUUGCCACAAAAAUACUUAAUUCUAGGGUGACCAGAUGGGACAUUCCCAGUUUUGAGCCCUGUGUCCCCCCAAAACCAGUGAUUUGUCCCAGUUCAAUUCAAGAAAUAUCCCAGAUGUCCCUAUUUUUGACCAAUCUGAUACUUGCCAACUGUAAAAAGAGACAUAAAUUAAAUGAAGCUGCUUAAAAAUGACUAAAAACACAAAGAAAAUGACUACAAAGUUAUUAUUUUGUUAGAUUUUCUGUCAACAUGAAUGAAAUAAGAACAGUUUAUUAUUAUUUUUCUCAUGAUUAUUGUUUAAAAGUAAUCAUAUGUAAUGGAUGUAAACAAAAAUGUGAGCAAAAUGUAAAGCAAAAAAUAAAACUACUUUGAGUUCUGGUGAUCUAGCAGGCAACCGAACUAAUAAGAAAAGUUUCCAAUCCAUAACUCAAACAAAUAGAGAUGUGCAUGUCUCAAGAAUAAUGGGGAAAAACAGACAAUAAUUAUUAGGGAUGUAACAAUAAUCAAAAAAUCGUGAUAUUGUAUCGUCAAAGUUCUUACAAUAAUAUCGUGGAUCAUCACAAUAUAUGGAAUUACAAGUCAGUUUGCUUAAAUUAAGAGUUAUGGUGCAGCAAUAGCUAAUAAAACAGAGCAAACUACAUAGACCAUGAUCCUUUGCUCCAUUUCAGUGAAGCUUACAUGAAGAAAUAACAGUUCUAAACACUUUUAAGUCUUAGUUAUUUUGGAUUAAGUUUUGUAAAGGCAUUUUAAGAGUUUUAUUAGUAGUUUUGUUCACAGCCUUCACAAAAUAUUGCAAUAAAUAUUGUAUAUCUCGUGAAAAUAUUGUACCGAGAGAUCUGAAUAUUGUUACAUCCCUAAUCGUGAGCCUCCCCAACAUAUCGUGAGCUUUCCCGCGAUAUCGCAAUAAAUAUCGUACUAUUCAUACCAUGAUGAUAUCGUAUCCUGAGACUUGGAUAUCGUUACACCCCUAAUAAAUAAAUUUAAACAAAACAAAAAAAAUGGUGGCCUCAAACUCAAGUUCACCUAGGGCCAUCUAAUUGCUACCUCCGCCACUGCUCACAUCAGUCGCAAAUGGACUGAGUUCAGAACAGUUUUGCUUAAUUAUGACUCGUUUUACAAUUUUAUCAUUACCAGUCCUCCCAAACCGAAUAUGUCCCGGCUUUUUAUUUAGAAAAUCUGGUCAUCCUACUUAAUACUUAAUACUCCAUUUUGACAUGUCUUUAAGCAGUUAGCGCAUUUAUUUCUAUAGACUAAAGGCUACACCACAUGCACCAACAAAUCUAUCCAAUGUAUUUAAUUCAACUACUUUUUUUUUAACUUAAUUUGUUUUUUAGUUUUAAGAAAUUCACAAUGUUGUUUAAAAGGGAAAAUACAAUAGCGCGGACAGAACCUUAAUAAUUUAUGAUACAAUCUCUCGCUAUUACACAUUGUGGGCUAAAACUACCCUUUCAUUUGACCUAUAACUUUAAAGUGUAUGUACGUACGCUAUAGGUCUGGCCCUGGACACAUGCUACCCCCUGUGUGAAGACGCUAACGUUUGCCGCGCAGCGUGUGUGACGAAGCUACUGCACGCGUAGCCGCCGUUAGCAUAACACUAGCUGAAGCCAGAGCAUGCUACCAACUAUGGGAUGUAGUGUUAGCUAGAAUUACUCUUUGUCAUUUUUGAGAAAACUCCUCAUUGUUUUUUGUGUUUUACUUUUUUUCAUUAAUUAUGACUUUUAUUUUCUUGGUUUGAACAAAGUGUUUAUUGUGAUUACUUGUUAAUUAGUGAUGUGAUUAUUAAACAUGAAUAAAAUGAACUAAAACUCC